AUGCCGCCGCCGAGGGACCCGAAUUUGGCGGGAAAGCCCGUGAGCCUGUACUUGUUGUUUGAAAGAGUCACCAAAUUAGGUGGUAGUCACACGCUCAGCCAAGAAGAUAAGUGGCAAGAUAUUCUUCAAGCAUUUAAUCUGACUCCACCAUCCGCAACGCUUGCUUAUGGCCUCAGAAAAAUCUACAAGCAAUAUUUGGAGUCAUUCGAACGACUGCAACUUUACGGAGAAGAUCCAGCAGAUGAUGACGAAGAAGAGCAGAAUCCGAAUAGAGGAGCGCUUGAUUUUCUUUCCGAACCGAGGAAGGUCAGGGAAGACUCGUACUCGCAGUCUUACGAUCGUCACGUGAGGAGGAGGAUGUUCCAAGAGCAGGCUUCGUCUUUCGACCCGAAUUUUCAGUCCUUGUACAAACCUGACCCGCCAGAAUGGAAAAUCAUCAAUUCCCUCCACUCUUGCUUACCCAACGAAGUCAACUUCAUCCUCAACACUCUUCUGCUCUACUGCUCCGAUCACAGACAAAAACGACUGCGUCUUGAGCGCUGCCCACACCUUCUCGAUGCUCUGAUGCUUCAUGUAGGAGUCCCAGAAGAUCACGAUUGCGAGUUGAGCCAACGAUGGCAGGCCAAUUCCAAACUAUUCUUGACGCAUUACUGGGACGAAGUUUUGAGCGAAAACGACGACCUAAAACCCCUCCUCGGCAUCUACUCCGACUUUAUUCCCCCUCAUCUGAAAUCAGAGGAGCCCUUCCUUCUCGGAGAAAAGGACCGCGAAGGCCAGCGAAUCCGACAAGUCCUGGUCAUCCUCAGAAACAUCGUCCAGGAUCGCCUCGACACGCAUAUUAUCCGACGAAACGAGCGAGUUUUCUGCUUUCUUCUUCGCUGUGCCCUGAGUUCGGAGAAUACUGGAUUGAUUGAGCAAGCUCUCGAGACGCUGUCGAUGCUGCUGGAGAGCGAUAAGACUGAUAAGAACGUCCAACUCCCAGUUUGGAUCGACGAACCAUACAUGUCCCUAAUCCUCGAAAUGCUCGUCCGAUUGAUGCGUCGCUCCGAUAAAGUCAUUCAAAUCCGCGUGUUGGAAAUCUACUCCUCUCUUCUCGAGCAAACAGUCUACGACAACGGCAAAGAAUACGAAGAAACCCCCGAUCCGGCAGAGGAAGAAACGCAAACGCUCGAGACUCUUCAGAAAAAAGCCGAACUUUUGCUGGAGUACUUGCCAGAUAUGUCGGAAAUGAUCAUUCCGAACUUGACACUUCCUGACUGCGAUUUGCUGGUGGCGACGCUAGAGGCAUUAGUCGCUAUUGCCAGGAGUCCAAUGGCCAGAUCGAUGGUCAAAGCAGAGAACAUCGCUGUCCUCGUCGAUUUGCUCUCCUUUUCAAGUCGAAAUUGCGACUUCAGCAAGUUAAAAUUCUUCGGCCCUCGGCACGGCGAAGUAACUCACUAUCCUUUGAUCGUGACUCCUCGUCUGCCGCGUCUUCUUCGCGCCACCUCCGCGCCGCUCCAAGGAGCCAACUCCUCCGCUCCGAAUUCUCAAAAACCUCAAGCUCAAACUCCCCAUCCCGCAACUCCUCACAACUCUGUUCACUCCUCUCCUGCCAAGCAAGCCGCUCUCCGUCCCCAACAACAAGAAGUUCACAGUAAUGCUACCAAGUCCCAAACUCCUCAAAAACUGCGACCUGUAGGACAAGUCGCAAAUGGCCUGAAAGAAGACCAAUCCCAAAUCCAAGCCGCAUCUGCCAAUUUCGCCCGUGCUUUCAUCAGAAAACGCAUCGAACUCGGCGACGAAAACGAGCUGCUCUCCCGCUCGGGCGUCUUCACUGAAUACACAACCAAAGCCACGCAAGAAUUGAAAAUUGCAGGCGUGAAUGGAACCCCCGUUCUCGACGUUUCCGGCUUUACCCGACUCGUGAGGGAGAUUUUUCCUACUACCCAGGUGCUAAACGACAGCCACAAUCGACAGAGCUUCGUCGGCAUUCGCAUGAAAAAAGGGGAUUUCAAGGAUGAACCGAUUGUCCCCCCAAUUUCCAAUGGCCAUGCUACAAGCCCCAGUCCCUCUUCGAACGGCAAUUCGACCCCCUCCAAUGGCGUGGCCUCUCCAAUCUCCAACGGAGUGGCAAAUGGCAUCUCGGAAGUCGACGAAGACUCAACUUCAGACUCAAACCACAGCUUAGACUCGGUUGGUGGCGGCGUCGGGAAAGUGAAACCAAAAAUGGAGCCAAAACUCGAGCCCAUUCCCGAAAAAACCGUCAACGGAACGUCCUCUCAGGAAAAAGAAGCAUCAGCAGUUUUACAGUCGAAAUCACAGUCAGAAGCAGAGAAAGCUCUGCCCGUGGAAAACGGAUCCGAAAGCCACUCGGACAAAGAAAAUGACGAGAGUCAGAAAAAGGAAUCUUUGCAGAAAAAUGGAACUCCUGUCAACGGAAAACUCUUGCCUCAGAAACGCACGACUGAAGAAGGAGCUGCAAAGACCGAGCCAAACCAGCCCGUCGCUAAGCGAGUGAUGAUCGCUGCCGGUCCUCCCCAGCCUCCUGCAGGUCUCCGAGUUCUCCUCCAAAACGCCGGUCACUUCCUCUUCGACGAUUUCACCGACGAUCGGGAGGACUGCCUCACCCGCGCCGUCCGAAUCAACGCCGCAACGAUCCUCCUCUGCCUGACAGAACAAUCCGUUUCCCACGGCGAAAAAGACAUCGUCCCAAUGAUCAGCCGCUUCGAAGAUCGGCUUUCGUUAAUGGCCGCCUCUCGUCAGGAUGCGUCGCCAGUGCUCGCACGCUUACUCGCAUUCAUUCCAUAA